AUGAAGCUUCGCAGCUUUUUUGUCGGUGGCGCUUCGGAUGCGCUCAAGAGGUCGAUUGGAAGGCCCAGAAGUUUCUCGGUGGACUUGAGGGCGAUGUCCAGGGCCGUAAACCGCGAGGUAAACUUUCUGGCGACGUCUACUUCGAAGCUUUCGGAUCUAAAGUACGUGGACGAGGCGCACAAGGACGACAGAAUCUACAAAAUGGCCGCGUCACACCUGGGAAUUGAGACUGACGAACUCUUCCACAUGGGACCCAUUCAAAAGGCCGGAAAACUCCCAAACCCGCGCAAGAACACAAGGCACGUGUACGAGGAAGGGAUGGGCUCGGUAGAUUUGGACAACGACAUCUGGCUGGGCUACUCCAGACUCUCGAGUUUCUUCACCGUCGAGUUGGAAGGAUCGAUUUUGGGCCCAGUAAACGAGCGUAUGCUGGACCACGGAUUUAGUGAGGUUUUAAGCCCGCGAAGGGAGCCGCCAAAGCGCAAGGAGAACCGGCAGAAACCCAUGGAAGGUCCCACCCAUUUAAAGGCUAAUAAAAGGACUCUCCGCAACGUCCUCGCGAUGGAAAGGAGAGGCGAUUCUGCAGGUGACUCGUAUGGUCAAGAUUCUAACGAUACUCUUGCCAAUCAUACUGCUCAGGAAGCGAGUUUAUCAAAAGAACCAGGGAAUGCAUCUGCAGACAUUUCCCUGUCUAGUGAGACAAGCGCAGACUCUCAAGCUACGAAUCCACCAAUUACACCUUACAGCGUCUUUUUAAGAUCCCUUGGUAGCUCUGGAAAGCGCUCAAUCUCCUCGGUUGGUGCAUCAUUGCUAAACAAGACGGGCGCCAUCUACAAUGAAAAAACAUUCCAACCACUCGAUGACUACACCAUCUUUGUAUAUCCCUACCGACGCGAUACAUCAAAACAUCUUGUGAAUACUCUGACCAGCUACAAGGACAUUUUGUCGCCCAUGGAUACUGAGAGUUUGAUUUAUUUAUCCGGGACCACUGGAAGUACUCGCCUCUUCCGCCUUGUAAAUCAGCUCUUAGCCCCGGAAAAAGAGACACACCUGAGGUCAAUUCACAGCGUAGAGGAUCAUGCAUGGCCAUGGAUGACCCCCUGUGAAGAGAAGAAGUUUGAACAUGCAAACAUGUUUUUGCUCUUGGAUGCGCUCAGCGCUUCAUCCAUCUCAAAGUAUACAUUUGAUAGGGAAACUGCAAUGUACGAACGUUUGCUGGAGGGUAUCACAUUUCUCAGCGAAAAGGUUAAGAAGAUUAGCAAAGAAGCUACACAUGAGGAUAAUGCAGAAAUGGCAGAAGCCGAGCGCUCUGCGGAUCACUCAGAUUCACAGGAGGCAGAUGGAAUUGUUGGAGCCCAGAAUGAGAUAGCGACUGCAAAUAGUCUGGACAAGGAGGAAAGCAUCGACUAUACUAAUCUCAAAAACCUGGAUACGUUCAUCCUACACAAGAUAGUGCGUAUUUUGAUACUAAAACGCAACUUUUCCCAAUUGAAUAACGACCACAUCCGGGUGUUUAGUGACUUCAUCUCUGAUAGACUGCACAGGCUACACCCAAAAUGCAUUGCAAACAUCGCCUUUACAAUUGGCCAUUCCCAAAACUUGGACGAAUUUUGGAUGUUUAUGAUGUCCAAACAUAUUGAAGGAACGAUUUUUGAGUAUGAUUGUGACGAUGUUACGGCUAUAGCUGACGCCUAUGCAUCAGCUGGCCUAGAGGAUUACACAUUUUACGAAGCGCUCUGCAAGAGGAUAAAACACGAUUUUGACAAAUACAACAUAUACCAUAUAUCAAUCCUUCUUAGGUCACUCGCCAAGGUUAGAUUUAGAGAUGAAGAGCUCUUGAACAUGUCCACAAGGGUAAUUAACGACUAUGCAGCAAUGGGAACUAGACAAUUUCCCAAAAUGAUACAUUACAUACACAAGAAAUUUUGGAAGAUCUUUUCACCAGGGGUAAAACCUUUGACCAAAGAUAACAGUGAAAAGAGUACAAGCUCUUGUGGGAACUCGGGCGAAUUAAAGACAAAAGCUCACAAGCCACAAGCAAGGAAGGAGAAUAAAGACUCGUUUUAUUUACCAACGAAUGCGAAUAACAUGUUGUACUAUAAGGAAACUUACUCGCUUGUUGGAGAUGAGCUAACAAGAGAUUCACGCAAGAGUAAUAUAGAGAUGAUAUUUUCCGACGAAUCUUGCGAGCAUGAAGAGAAUAAAACCGAGAGAAUGAAUCACGUAGACCCAUAUGUUAUCGCAACUACACUUAUUUCAGCACACGAUCUCAACUACACGGGUGAAAAUUUGGACAACUUUUGGAAGGUUAUAACAACCAAUGCAUCCAGGGCAAAAUUUGACGUUUACGCAAUUAAUUGGCUUCCAAUAACCGCCAUUACUUUUUUCAGUAAGGUGACGCUGAUGUAUUUUCUCCCAGUGUGGGUUAGUCACACAAAGCACACUCUCACAAAGAUGCGUUCAAAAUCGCAAAUUAUGACGCUAAAGCGGAGACAACUUUUGCUCAAAAUUUCCAUUGAAUCUGGGAUUAUUCCAAGAGAGUACAUCCCACAGUGUACUAUUGAGGAGAUUGAAGAAAUUUGCAAGGAAACAAUGAUGGAGGUGGGCGACGAGUACAAGCCGGAGAGUUCGACGUUUCACCUGGAGGUUUCUUCUUCCUUGAAGGCCUUGGAGAUUGUGCACCAGCGCGAGAUCAACACUUCGCCGUUUGUCAUGGACAUUAUCAUUCCUCCGACGAAUCUAAAGAAGAUAAAGUCGGAGCUUCAGAGCGACUUGGAGCGCACAUCAGACGACGUUCGCAGCGGACAGUCGCAGGACCUAGACGACGGUCCAAAAAAGUAUACGAGGCAUUCAGUCAACUUUAGGAAGCGUAAAAACGAGGUUUACGUCUACAAGGAUGGAUGA